AGUACGAAUUCCCACUAGUUACCACAGCUUCAAAGUCGCUAUAUUGGCUGUCGUAAAAUUGUAUGAAAACCCUGCUUUUUGGGGUAAAUGUACGGUUAGGCAUAAUGCUAGAAGUGUGAUUAGGCUUAUCUUUAAAACCAGGUUUUAAGAAGAUACAUUGUAGAAAUAGACGGGGUUAGUCAUGAUUAUGACUUUGUGGCUACUCGUGAUAACCACGUCCCUUCCAUGAUUAUCAACGUUACUGUUGCUGGCUACAUCAAAUAACAUAUCGUCAGAUAACGUGAACAUUCAUUAUACUGUCAAGAUGACUGCUUAUAAACGUCCGCUGAUGGGAACUGUCCCAUGAGGAACAGGCUAAUCAGCGAUAACGACAGAGGGAGGCACAUUAACUUCCUGACAACAACAAGAUGAGGAUUUCAAAGCGUUGUGGCUCCAACAGACGUUUGUUGUUGCCCUUGAUGGUCCUCGGGUUGAUGAUCUUACUGGCUGUUGUAACCCUUAAUUGGUUUGAGACUGAAUCACAGAUGCCUUUGGCAUGGCACGUGGAUCCCAACCACCGAAAGCUUGUGCACUCUUUUGUACGGGGUGUUCUUUCGAACCAGUGCAGACCAGCCUUUGCCAGGAAGGGAGUAGAAGCAAGGCUCCAGAGCUCUAGUCAUGUGACUGAUCCUUUCCUGUGGCGGGACACACUGCUGACUCGAGAGAUGUUCAAGUACCCCCCACCAUUCGGGUUCCGUGACAUGCAUGGCAAACUGAAGGAUGUCCUCAACCUCCUCCCUGCUCAACCAGAGCAGCUGAAGAAAGAGUGCAGACGCUGUGUGGUCUUGGGAAAUGGAGGAAUCCUCCGUGGCCUUGAGCUGGGUACCCUGCUUGACCAGUUUGAUGUUGUCAUUAGGCUCAAUAGUGGUCCUUUGAGGAACUACAGUAAAGACGUGGGGAACCGGACCUCUAUCCGGAUGAGCUACCCAGAGGGAAGCCCCAAGGUCUGGGAAGAUGUGGACCCUGAGCUGCUGUUUGUGGCGGUGGUCUACAAGGCUGUAGACUUCAAGUGGAUCAGAGCAAUGAUCAACAGACAGAGAGUUUCCCUUUGGGACUGGCUGUUUUUCUGGCAGAAGGUGCCAGAGAAGAUUCCAGUAGACUUAUCAAAGUUCCGUGUGUUGAAUCUGGAGAUCAUCAGGCAGAUGGCGAUGGACCUGUUAGCCUACUCCUCCCCACAGAAACGCCUCUGGGGCUGGGAUCAGAACGUGCCCACCAUGGGCAUCUCAGCCCUCAACCUGGCCACCUACCUGUGUGACGAGGUCAGCCUAGCAGGCUUUGGUUACAACCUCAGCCAGAAGGAGACGCCCCUGCAUUACUAUGACAAUAUACCCAUGACAGCUAUGCUGGGGCAGAACAUGCACAACGUGGACCGUGAAAGGGCUCUCCUCCAGAGCCUGGUGAGGGAAGGGACUGUAUCAGACCUCACAGGGGGCCUGCACUGCACCUUCUGCCCCAGCUGAAAGAGACUGAUCUGGGCCCGCAGCGCAGCUAGCGACACACCAACGAUCUACCUUCCACUGACUUAUCAUUCCAAUACUUUUCACCCUGGAAUUCAAAAAGUUGAUUUGAGUCUAUGGAUCUGGGGACUUGACUGCAAACUCUUCUAUGUUCUAGUGCAUGCCAGCAUAUUGAAUCUGCAUGGACUAGUAGAUGUGCUGACAUGAUGGGGAACAGUGAAGCUGUACACUUCUCCCCUGCGCAGUUGAAAACGACAAGCCUAAAUCCUUCUAUAAGGGAAGUAUUAUCACUGCUAAACUUAAAUGUUUUUUGUAUUUAUUAAGAGAUCAUGUAUAAUUACUUAAUUAAAUCUUAGCAUAAAGUUGAUGCUAAAAAGUGUACAAACAUUACCAUAAAUAUUGUGAAUAAUGAACAGAUGGACUAACAACAGAUAAUUAACAUUACCCUUUUUAUGCUUUCGAUUUUAAGUUCAAUGUUUAGUUUGUCCACAAGAUGUCUGAAUUUGGUUGUGUUUUUACAUUUUUGUAAUGUAAUUAUUAUAUUGUUUUUAUUAUAAUAAUGUACUCAAUGCUUGACUUGGACUAAGAUGGGAGCCGGUACUAAUUAUAUUUACAGUGGGGCAAAAAAGUAUUUAGUCAGUUACCAAUUGUGCAAGUUCUCCCACUUAAAAAGAUGAGAGGCCUGUAAUUUUCAUAGGUACACUUCAACUAUGACAGACAAAAUGAGAAAAAAAAAUCCAGAAAAUCACAUUGUAUGAUUUUUUAAAAUUAAUUUAUUUGCAAAUUAUGGUGGAAAAUAAGUAUUUGCCCUCAGAAGAUUCAAAUGGGAGGCAGGCCUACACACAACCUAUAUAUGUAUGUGCCAUUUGCUAAAUGUUUUUAUAAUUUAAUUAUCAGUCACCGUUUUUCUUUUAUUCCAGGCUUUAUUAAAGAAUUCCACAAACGGAAAUACACAAUGGACAGUUUCUCCUCAUGGCUGAGCCACAUAAUGCCAGGGUAUAUCUGGUGGGCUUUCUCCUCAUUGCUGAGCCACAUAAUGCCAGGGUAUAUCUGGUGGGCUUUCUCCUCAUUGCUGAGCCACAUAAUGCCAGGGUAUAUCUGGUGGGCUUUCUCCUCAUGGCUGAGCCACAUAAUGCCAGGGUAUAUCUGGUGGGCUUUCUCCUCAUGGCUCAGCCACAUAAUGCCAGGGUAUAUCUGGUGGGCUUUCUCCUCAUGGCUGAGCCACAUAAUGCCAGGGUAUAUCUGGUGGGCUUUCUCCUCAUGGCUGAGCCACAUAAUGCCAGGGUAUAUCUGGUGGGCUUUCUCCUCAUGGCUGAGUCACAUAAUGCCAGGGUAUAUUUGGUGGGCUUUCUCCUCAUGGCUGAGCCACAUAAUGCCAGGGUAUAUUUGGUGGGCUUUCUGGAAUAAGGACACGUGCAUAACGUGGUAGAAAGGGCCAUAGAGGAUCAUAUUAAUAGAAUUCUCUAUUUCAUUGAGGUCACAAUAGUUACAUGGUGUUUCCUCUUCCAUUUCACCACAAUACCGACCUGUUUCAAUACACAGAGACAAUAUCCCUGAUCUUACCUAUUUCAAUACGCGGAGGCAAUAUCCCUAAUCUUACAUAGCGAUCUCUUGCUUUUCGGGAGGUUGUACAUUAUAUUUCUUACACAGAAAUUCCCCCUUAAUGAAAGGGUUUAUGAUUAAUCUCCUCCACUUAUUUUAAUAUUGCAUCAUCAGUUGUGUUUUAAUAGCGUCUAUGUCUGACUUCAUUUGGUUUUCGUACAACUGUUCACAGUCAGACUGUUGGAAAAUGUCAGACAUUUCAGUUGUCCAGGCUCCCCCUAUGGAGAGAUCCCAUUGAAAAACGCUGCUGGCUAUUCUGGCAAUUGGCAUAUCCAACAGUCUAUUCCAAAGUCUCACCAUACACGCCUACCAUCUCACCUCACAGGAAUCCCAGCCCAUGUCCCAGUUAUUUCCAGUAUAGGUGCAAACUUGUGGAGACCUAAAAAAAUUACGUACUGCUCUGUUAUGGACGUGUUAAUUUUUGAGAUACCUCUUAGCACCCCACACUCCUGCUGAAUAGUCCAAGACAGGACACACGCAUGUCUGAUACAGUUUGGAAUACGUAGCAUAACCAAUAUCUUUGAGUGGUUUUGUUUUUCCUAGAACUCCCCCAGGAGCUCUACUUGCUGAGUCGGCCCGGGCAGAUGUGCCGUAUAGAGAGGUCAUAUGUUCAUCAAAAUAAAGACCAAAUAUUUAGAAUUGCUAGUAACCUUGCAUUUCUUCACCAAAAAACAUCCUGAAAAACAAUUCUCUUGGUACCCGGUUUUCUAAAAUGCAAUAUCUAUGUUUUUCUGAUUGAUCAUGCGUCUCCAUCUUUUGCAACAAUUGACUGUACAUAAUACCAUUUUCUGUAGGUCUUGUUCAGUUUCUGCCAUUAAAAUAAUAUCAUCAGCAUA